GCGCAUCCCCACAAACAGAGUCAGCACUCUCGGAUCCCCACCGGCUCCGGCCUGACGUCGCUCCCAUCUCCGGCCGCCGUGCGCCCAAACCCCCCAACAUCCCGGCGGCCGUACGGCGAGAUGGCGCGCGACCGCGGUGAGCCGGCUGCCGUGCGCGUCUACACGGUCUGCGACGAGUCCAAGUACCUCAUCGUCCGGAACGUGCCGUCCCUCGGGUGCGGCGAUGAGCUCGGCACCCUGUUCUCCACCUACGGCCCGCUGGAAGAGUGCACGCCCAUGGACGGCGAGGACUGCGAGGAGUACACCGACGUCUUCUUCAUCAAGUUCUCGCAGGUCAGCAACGCGAGGUUUGCAAAGCGAAAGUUGGAUGAAUCUGUAUUUCUUGGCAACCGGCUGCAGGUGUCAUACGCACCUCAGUUUGAGAGUGUUUUGGAUACCAAGGAGAAACUGGAAGUUAGGCGAAAAGAAGUCCUCAGCCGGAUAAGAUCACCUGCUGGAAGCAGACCUGAAGGGGUAUCUCAGUAUUCUCUGGGCCAGGGAUCGUCUAGCGGGAACUCACACCAUCAUAUGAGCUCCAAUAAGAGGGACUAUACGCAGGCAAUGCACGCUUCUCAUAUCAAAGAUGCUCGUUUCAGUCAUGUGUCCUCUAAUAAGGACUAUUUUCCAUCUGAGUCAAUGAAUGCAACCGUAAAUCUUGUCAGGGAAAAGCUUGAUCAGGGAUGAUGUAGAUGGGAAUGCUGAAAAUCAAGGGGGCAACUUUUAAUGAGGUGUAGCUAGGCAUGUGCCAGUCGAGGUGCUAGCAUAGCAUGUCUGUCCUGAUGAGUGGUUGCUGAUGUGAUGUCUCUGGUUGCAACCAAAACAAAAUCCAAGCCUCUCAUCAGGCUGCUUUCUGCUUCUUCCAAAAAACUGCUUUCUACUUCUUCCCGGAAAAGAAAGAAAAAGAAAUGGCAUAGUUAUGUUACAAGAGGUUUUAGAAAAAACUUUUGCCCCCACUUUGUUGACCCAUCAUUCCCAGGAGCAUUAGUGAACUGUUCGAGUUAAAAAUAAAAAGAGUGAAUGGUUAUGUUGCUUACAA